AUGACGAGUGGUCGUGGUGGUGUUGGGGUGAUGAUAAUACCCUGCGUAGUUAUGGUGACACUGUUUGUUUGUGUAUGUGAAGCUGUAACCGGCGACGUUCCUCUUCCACCGGACACACCAGAUGGGCCUGAAGAAGUAGUGAUACUAAACAAUUUGGGAGACUUUGAUCUGAGUGUUCACUGCAAAUCCAAAGACGACGAUCUUGGUGUCCAUAUUCUUCGCUUAAACGAUACUUAUUCUUUCAGAUUCAAGCGCAACUUUUGGGACACAACUCUCUUCUUUUGUGGGUUCCGAUGGGCCGACCAGUUCCACUGGUUCGACAUUUACACGCCCAAAAGUUCUUGCUCCCUUCCCGCUGCAUGUUUUUGGCACGUUGUUGCCACUGGACCAUGUCUUUCAGACGCUUCUCUUUCUAUCAUUCAUUGCUAUCCCUGGAAUAAAGACUCUUUACGUUCCAAGAUGCUUGAAUCGAUGCUUUUCCCUCUGCCACCAAAGAAAUCAGAGACCACCACUCCUUGA